CUCUCAUCGCCCAACCAACCUCCGCAGCAGUCGAGAAAUGGAAAUAAUGAUGAUGGCGCUGGGCGGGAGGUAGCAGUGCAGCUUCUCAGCUCAUAUGUCCGAGAGAGGGCGGUUCUACGGCGAGCAAGAGUUCACUCCGUGGCUGACCAUCAGCCAGAUCCUCUACCUGCAGGCCGUCUUCUGGUUUUCUUACGUCAUCUUGGGCUCAGCUUUCGCGUUUCUGGGCGGCCUCCCCCUCUCGCUCUUUCCCUUCUUCUCCUAUGUCCACUACUCAUUCAGCUAUGACAGGGGAAUCGUGCUCUUCUUUGCCCUGCUCGCAAACUCCAUCUUCGUCAUGUGAGUGAGUAGAGUCGCCAGAGAGAGCCUAGCGGUGCUGACUGUCUGCCUGUCUGUCUGUCUGCCUGUCUGGCUGGCUGUCUGUCUAUGUGGUCUCUCUGUCAGGGGCUAUGUGGUUGCGGGGGCGGUCGAGCGGGCCAAGAAGUGUCUCGAUUUCGUCUUCACCUGCCACUGCAUCCAUCUCGUCACUUGCUGGGGAGUCGGGGGAUUCCCGCUGUCAUGUAAGUAAGACGCACCCAGUAUGCACACACGCGUCACACUGCUCGUUGAUUGCUGGUGGUCAAUGCAUUGUGUGUGUGCUGCAUCCAUUCCAUCCAUUACGUUUGCAUAUCAUCAGUUGGCUGGUGGAUAUCGAAUAUUUUGGCGGCCGUGUUUGCCACCAUUAUGUCGGAGUGCAUCUGCGUGCGGUACGAGCUGCAGGAGAUCAAGCUGCGGCACCACUCGGACGCGCAGAGCUCAACUUCAGCUUCAGCAAGCGCCAUGAACGGCAGCAACAUGGUGUAGAUCCGCCGACCAGAGGAAGAGAAGGGCAGUGUGGGUGGGUGUCGAUAGAAAGGGCGGCUGUCCGUCUGUGUGUGUGGUGGUGAAUUCACUCGAGUGCACACUGACUGACUGACUGACUGACUUACUGGCUGGCUGACGUCCCUGUGGCGAUAAUUGGUGCGUGCGUCAUGUGGCCGUGCGGUCAAAUCAAUCAAUUGACUGACGGCAGGAGAGGUGAUUGAUGGAUUGAUUGAUUUGUUGUGCACGAGAGAGUCAGAUAAGGAAGAAGAUAGAUGUGCCUGCCUGCCUGCCUGCCUGCCGAUGACUCGUCAUGAAUGAGACGAAGGGUUUAUUUGUGUUGACGCUCCAUCUCAUAGGGGACUGCUACCCGGGUGGGUGCACGGUGCUCUUUGUCAAUGAUGCAUUCGGAUACACAUGCUUUUCUGCAUGGCUGCAUGCUGAGGCUGAGCAUUCGGUGCUAGUGAUUCCUCGUGUAAGUGGUCUGAGUGAGUGACAAAACGAGUAACCCAUCAGCAC